AUGCUCUUCAUAAACUUCACGACUAAGAAAAUCACGGUUCCCAGUAGUUCUUUCUCGAACGCUGGGCACGUGACCUACCGGUAUGGAGAUCACUGUCAUACAUGCUUGUGUUCUCAAAAGGGUUUGUUGAAGGGUAGGCUUCAAAAGAGGGUUCCCAUGAUCUAUAUCCGCUGGAUGAUUCAUGUCGGUGCCAUGGUAAUGGUGAACUUGAAAAUCUUGUUCGUUCUGCCUCUGAUGGCUUUGGUUGGGCAGCUCGGUUAGAGGAAACUACGCCACUGGACAAUGAGACCGGACCAUUGAAGGGGAGGACAGGAGCAGUCGUAGAACGAGAUGCAUCAAUUUNUUUCCAAAUAUUCCACCAUGCUAGACUUCCGUUUCCGCGACUCUUUGCGAGGAACCAUUUCUGGUUGCUCUACAGCUGGUUUUAUUUUACUUGGAACCGAUGUGUCGGAAGUACGUGGUUGCAAGUCACUGCGAACGUUGAACGCCUCAACACUGCUGCUCUUAUCUGGUGGCAUUCGUAGUAUUUUCUCGUUAGUCUUACUGGAGGAGGGCGUUGCAUCGUCCCGACUAUGCAGCUGUGUUCGCUGAUUUCUUUCUGCGACAUCGGGUGAACAUGGCACAUCCGAAUUACACAUUGCAUUUUCCCCCACAGUCUUCCUGUCGCUAUUGGCCGCACUCUUCAACUUAAUGCCUUUAUCAGGCAUAGGCGAAGAUGACACUGACACUUGUUUGCCCACAGGACGUUCAAUAAUGACAGAACCAUUGAAUGGGAGGGACUUCUUAGUAGGCACAGGGAGAGAUGCCUGCAGCUUUGGAGGAACAGAGAUCGAAUUGAAAGAGGACACUGUAGGAGAAGAGUCUUUCUUUCGAUCCUUCGGCAGCCAAGAAGAAAAAGGAGAAUCGGGUUCCUCAGGAGGAGUUGGCAUAAUGAGAGCAACUUGUACUGCUGCAUUGGAUGUCACUUUGGCAGCUGUUACAGGAGACGUGCCUACCUGCUCUUCCUGCGUGUGACUCCCAGCUGAAUCUGUAGGAGUGCACGAUUUCCCAUCUGAACCAGAUAAAGCGGGGCUGCUGACGAAGACAGGUUGCUUUGGAGUGUGAUUCUCAACUUUGUCUCGAGAUUUUAAAUGUCCACGCUUUGACGAAGCCUUUUUUAAUUCUUCUUUGAGCUUUGAGAUUUCAGAAAGAUUCCGCUCUGCAUCUGACUUCCAAUUGUUUAGCUCAAACUUGAGUUUCUCACUGUCCUUCGAAAGUAUUCGAGAUAUACGGUCCGAGUGAUCAGCCCGACGCUGCAGAUUUGCACAUUCCUUCCGGCAUUUUUCCAAUAGAACUGUUUUUUCCGCUACCACGUCGGUUAAGUGCGAUCGCAUUUUAUCACUUAUCUGACAGUGUGCACACUUCGCAUUAUUUGCAACAUAUAAUGUAUCAUUCAACUUCCGUUCUGCUCUGUCCCUAGAUUUGUUGGCAAGAAUUACGUCGCGAUCCCGAGCACUUAUCUCUCUCAAAUAUCCGUCGGCACGCUCUUCCACUGCCUCCUUUUCCUUGAUGUGCAGGUCGAUUCGUGUUAGGAGAAGACGGUUUUUCCUUUCGACAUCAUCUAUCUUCUUCUGGAUUUCUUCUUUUUGAGCUGUGAUAUUAUCUAUGCUCUUCUUUGCCUCUGCAACGAACUCCUCGUGAUAGAAUGAGAACUCUCUCUUCAGCACUCCGAUAGCAUCGCGCAGAUGCCGAAGCUCCGAAGUAUAUUCAUCACCAAAUUUCCUAAUAACAGAAUUCAUGAGAUUGAUUAAAGCAUGGAGGCGUUUAUUUUCUUCUUGCACCCGAUUCAGCUCAUCAGACUGUCGUUUCAUAAGCUGCUGACUAACCAUCAAGCGACGAGAAAUAUAUGAGGGCACAGCGAAGGGCUCAUCGGUCGAUAAGCCAGCAGUAAGCUCUGCUUGGCUAUUUACUAAUUGAUCGAUGAGGAUAGAAAAGAAAUGUGUUCCGCCCAUUGUUUGAGUACCACAUUCAAUAGUAUUCGAACAAUAACCAUUGGAAAUUAGUGAAUUAAUAUCUAGAGGAUUUCUUGGCGGUUCAAUUGGAACUACUUCGUACACGUAUCCUUUCCGAAGCUUCUUAGGUGCACUUGUCAGGUCAAACUGAAACUGUUCAUUUCAGAAAGAAUUUAUUGCACUAGUGCGAAAGGUUACCUUUGUUGGGUCAGAAACAUUAUUUUGCCGUUGUUUAGAGGACGGACGCGGCGCUGCAUCUUUCGCCUUAUUUUCAGACUUUUUAUUGCUAGUUGCAGCCUUCGCCUUUGCGCCAGUUCUCUUCCGACUAGUUUGUUUCUGUCGUCUGCUGCUCUUAUGAGGACUUGGAGUGGUUGGUGUUCCAAGAAUGAUAUCAUCAGCAAGUUUGGUUUUAUCAGGCGGCUCAGUAGGGUUAGCUUCAUCAAGUGCCUCAGCGGGUUUGCUGCCAUCAGGUGCCUCAGCAAGAUUACUGUCAUUAGACGCCUCAGCGGGUCCAUUUUCAACAGGAGCGGCAGAUAUACUUCCAUCGAUCGGAUCAGCUGAUACGCUUUGCUCAAUCGGUCCAGCAGAUAUGCUUUCAUCAACCGGCUCAGCAGGUUUACUUUCAUCGGAAGGCGCAGCAGAUAUACUUUCAUCGACAGACUCAGCAGAUAUACCUUCAUAAAGCGGAUCGACGGAUAUAGUUCCAUCAAUCGGCUCAGCAGGUUCAUCAGGGGGCACAACGGAUAUACGUUCAUCGACCGGGUUAGAAGGUCUACUUUCAUCAGAAGGCACAGCAAAUAUGCUUUCAUCGAUUGGCUCCGCAGAUAUACUCUCAUCAGCCAGCUCAGCAUGUUUGCUUCCGAAAGAAGGCUCACGACGAGGUUGGUCGAUGGUACCUGCUAGACUUUCAACCGCAGCUCCGAUGGCCAUAGUUUCGUUGGACACAUGUUCCGACUUACAUUCCACCUUAAGAUCCUCCAGAACGACGGAAUCUUCGGGAACCUGGACGAAGGAAUUGGAAACUCUAUCAUAUACGUAGUGAUCUCCGAAAAACUCUGCACACUUCCUUCGAGCGCAGCGGUAGCGCCAAACGAAAGCUCCAUAAUUAGAAUUGGCCGGCUUUUGUAGUAUUUUCUUGUAAUGGAUAAACUGUGGGUCUUCAUUCGAGCCGCACUUCGGACAAAGAUAAGGAUCAUCGACUUGCGUAUCUGAAAUUUCAUAUAUUAAAACAGAAUUUUAAAUUAAAAUAGUUUUACCGUUUGACGAGUCGUCAACAGCUUUUUCCUCGAUGGACUCUUCGCUUACACCGGCUUCAUUCUCUUCCAUCGGUGAAGCUUCAUUGGAGCUCGUACUAGAGUGGCGCAUAGCGUCAGCCACUUGCUCUUCUGUCGGUUCCUCUCCCUCAAAACUGUCACAAUUGGUUUCUGACUCUUCCACUUCCUCCUUCGUUGAACAAGGUGUGAGCACUUCCGUCGAAUUCAGUGCCUAA